CUGUGAUGCAGCUCGCUCUGAAGUCUAAUGAAGGCAUCACGGCCCACCUCGACGAAGAUAAGACCUUCGUCCUGCUCGACGACGACGAUAACGGCAACAACGCAGGAGGAAAAACCGAAGAGGACUCUUUGGAAGACGACUUGGAGAAAUACAUCCAUGAGAUUGCAGGGUUCAGCGUGGAAAACGCCUACAUUGAUGAGAAGAAGGAAAUCUGUGAAGCCCUGGGAAAGAUCGCCUUAAGCACAGGCGUCGCCUUCCAGCCUUUCCUGGAGUCCAGCUUCCAGCAGGUGUUUGAGAUGAGAGAUUUUCCCCACAAGGACGUUCGCAGGGCAGCACUGGGCGCUCUGGGUCAGUUCUGUGAGACUCAGCACAAAGUCUGGACUGAGACCAACCACCAGGCCUUGUUGAAGUUGCUGGACAUGGUAAUACCGUGCUUUGUGGAGACGGUGCGGAUGGACCGGGAGCAGUCCAUCGUCUUAGUCGUCCUGAAAGCCAUGAAUGUCGUGAUCGAGCCCUGCAAGGAGGAAGUGUUCAGAAACCCUUCACACCUCAAGGAGAUCAGCAACGUCUUCCGAGACGUGCUGAAGAAAAAGACUGCUUGCCAAGACAGUAGCACCGACGAAGUUGAUGAUGAAGAACAGGCAGAGUUUGAUGAUUUCCUCCAGUUUCAUGCAGAAAAAGGAAUUCUCCUGGUGACCUCCAGCGUUCCCGCAGAAACGUUUGCUCCUUACCUUAACGAUCUACUGCUUAUCGUCAUGAGCAACUCUGACCAGGACCGGGACCGGGACCGGGACCAGGACCAGUCCCACCCUCUGAUCCUCAUUAAACACCUGAACGCCUCACCGGCAGAGACCCUGCGCAUGCGGACACAGAAACAGCUGUUGGUCAGAAACCGGAAGUGGAAAUAG